UCCCUCCCUCCCGCUCCGCUCGCCACCACCUUUCCGCCUUCCGCGCGCGCCCCACGCACGACACGACCGCGCGCACUGCCCACGCACGCACGCACGCGCGCAGCAACCGCCGCCUCCGGCUCCGAUGACCGACGCCGGCGGCGCCAGGAGGGCGGGCGGCGGCGGUGGAGACCUCCCGCUCCGGCCGCCGGAGCCGCCGCGCGACCCGCUGGAGUUCCUGUCCCGCUCCUGGAGCGCGUCCGCGGCCGACGUCUCCCGCGCGCUCGCCGCCGCGCCCGCGCCGGCACUGGUGCCGAUAGCCGGGGCGGGCGCCGCCAUCGACGAAGACGUCGCCGGGGAGCUCGACUGCGACGGCUCCGGCGCCUGCGGCGGCGGAGGGCCCGCCUCCGGGAGCUCCUUCUCCUUCGCGUCCGCGGCCACCUCGCAGCUCAUCAUGGACCGGAUCAUGGCGCAGUCGCAGGAAGUGUCGCCGCUGACCUCCGGCCGGCUCUCCCACAGCAGCGGGCCUCUCAACGGCGGCGGCUCGCUCUCCGACAGCCCCCCCGUCUCGCCGGAGAUCGACGAAGCCAAGUUCUGCAGACUGGCGAGCACGCCGAAGCCGCAGCCGUACUCUCGGGGUGGGAGCAAGACGGUAGGCCGGUGGCUCAAGGACCGGCGGGAGAGGAAGAAGGAGGAGACGCGAGCCCACAACGCGCAGGUCCACGCCGCCGUGUCCGUGGCGGCUGUGGCCGCGGCCGUCGCCGCCGUGGCGGCCGCCACCGCCGCGGCCUCGUCGGGGUCCGGCAAGGACGACCGCGGCGCGCGCACGGACAUGGCCGUGGCGUCGGCCGCGACGCUCGUGGCCGCGCAGUGCGUCGAGGCCGCGGAGGCCAUGGGCGCCGAGCGCGAGCACCUGGCCGCCGCCGUGGGCUCCGCCGUCAACGUCAGGAACCCCGGCGACGUCGUCACCAUCACGGCAGCCGCUGCCACAGCGCUGCGCGGCGCCGCGACGCUGAAGGCGAGGGUGCUGAAGGAGGUGUGGAACGGGGCGGCGGUGAUCCCCGUGGAGAAGGGCGCGAUGGCCGGUGGCGGAGGAGGACGGCAUCACCAGCAGAGCCACAAGCACAACGGCCAGCUGAAGCACCAGCACCAGCACCAGCUGCGUCAGAGGGAGCUGGAGAGCAGCAACAGCAGCAGCAGCUGCUUCAGCGACGAGCUCUUGCUGGCUGAGGAGAACAACUUCCUCGGCAUCUGCACGCAGGAGCUGCUGGCCCGCGGCAGCGAGCUCCUCAAGCGCACCCGCAAAGGAUCGUUGCAUUGGAAGGUCGUCUCCGUGUACAUCAACCGGAUGGGCCUGGUGAUGCUGAAGAUGAAGAGCCGGCAUGUUGGGGGGACCAUCACCAAGAAGAAGAAGAGCGUGGUGGUGGACGUGUGCCGUGACGUGGCGGCGUGGCCGGGGCGGCACCUGCUGGAGGGCGGGGAGCACCGGCGCUACUUCGGCCUGCGGACGGCGGAGCACCGGGUGAUCGAGUUCGAGUGCGGCAGCCAGCGGGAGCACGACAUGUGGACCAAGGGCGUCGCGCGCCUCCUCGCCAUUGCCGACGCCCGGAAGCGCGCCGUCUGAUCUGGCAACCGUCGUCGAUGCAGGUGGCAGCGACGGCUGAUCACAGGGUUGUCAUGUAGCUAUAGCUAGGGGUCUCACACUCUCACUCUUACUCUCAUGUCGCGGCUGUCUUUAGAGCAGGGAUCAGGUUAACGCGUGGAGUCCCAUCUCUCAGGAAGAAAUCGCAAGUGCUUUGAUGUGAUGCUAGCUGUUGGUCUCACUUGUUAACGGAUUCUGAUUGCAAUAGCUGAAUGUUCAGCUCCCUUUGCAGAGGAAAGGCAAGCUGAGGUCUUGCUUUGCCUUUGCUACGCUUC